GAUUAUGAAAACAGAAAGGCUGAAGAUGAUGCUAACUUGAAGGAAACAAGAGAUUCACUUAACUUUGCCGUUGCAGAGUCUUUAAAAAAGCGUUUAAAAACUCAAGACUCCUCAGAACAAGCAAGCAGCAACAAACAAAUGGAUGUUGCGAAUAUGGAACAAUCCACAUCAGAACAAAUAGUAUUGAAUGAUGUUGAUGUUGAAGAAGAAGAAGAAGAGGAAGAGGAGGAGCUUUCUCAAGUUGAAUACAUGUUAGAGUUGAGUGAUCAACAAGUCAAGGAACAGUUCGAAAAGGAGUUAAAAGAACGUUUAUAUAAAAAGAGGGUCGUUGAUUCUGUCGAAGAUGUAGUUCGAUUAGGAGAACAAGGUUGGAAAGAAAGAUAUUAUGAAAAGAAGUUCCAUUGGAGUCCUCAGUCGGAAACAAGUCAACGAAAGAGAGAAGAAUUGGCUUACAAGUAUUUUGAAGGCUUAUUAUGGGUGAUGCGUUACUAUUAUCGCGGAUGUGUUAGUUGGACAUGGUACUUUCCUUAUCAUUAUGCUCCUUUUGCCAGUGAUUUAGCUGCUUGUCCUUUUGAAGCGGAUAGUGUUCAAUACGAAAGAGGAAAGCCAUUUAGACCUCUUGAACAGUUAAUGGCAGUAUUACCUCCUUCAAGUGCCAAAGAAGUAUUACCAAAAUCUCUAACCCAAUUGAUGAUGGAUCCUCAUUCAGAACUAAAGCCUUUUUAUCCCGAUGACUUUGUUAUCGAUUUGGAAGGAAAACGAUUUGUUUGGCAAGGAGUGGCUCUUUUACCUUUUGUAGAUGCCUUUUUAUUAGAGAAUGCUGUACGGAACGCUGAAGAAAGCUUCACAUUGGAAGAAAGAGAACGCAACUCCAUCGGAGAAACUAUUUUAGCUACCCAUAAGAGUACUUUAUUGGGUCAGUUUAUUUCACAAUUAUCUACACCAAAGGAUUCCAGUCAUCGUGCUAGUGCAGCUGCAGCAUCUGAAAAGAUUCGAGGAAAUUUGAAUUUGUUUGGUAGACUGACACGAAUGGAUGUGGCUAGUCCCACAGUGAUUCAGGCAUAUUAUUAUUUACCUGCUAUGAAACAAGAACAUUUACCUCGAGUAUUACCGAAUGCUAACUACCCAUUACCUCAAUUGGAACAACGUGAAAGGUAUUCCAUUAUAGAUGGACAAACAGGAUGGAAAGCUGCUUGGUUUGGUCCUUUGGGAUUUUUGGCCAAAAAAAUGAUAUCUUAUAGACUCUCUAAAGAAGAUUCUUGGAAUAGAGCAACACGUAAAAGCGAGAUACCUAGUUCCGUCCGAAAUAGUUUUCAUUCGGCAGGGGUCAAUACUCAACAUUAUAUUCUUGAAGCAAAUAUGCCCAUAAAUGCCAACCCUAAUCAUCAACAAGCUAUCCAGAAUCUUUCUUCAACUAUGGGACAGCAAGCAUAUGGCGUCGAUGCUGCUUCUUUCUUCAUCAACAACCAUUGUACUCAAACAGCCAUACCCUUUCCCAUUCAUCCUUCUGUACAAAAAGCUCAAAUAGAAUUCUUUCAACAAAUGCAACAGUCUAUGAAAAGAAAUAGACCUGAAGAAAAUAAGAAUAUGUCACAGAAGCGUGCGAAAAGAUGAAAGACUUUGAUAUAUCAAUCGACACUGAGAAUUAAGCAAA